CAGCCAUUUGUCAAGGCGGCAGCGGGCAGGCGGCUGCGCGAGAGCCAGUGCGGGCAACGGCGGGCCACCGCGGCAAAGCGCCUCGCUCUGAGCCAGGGGGACGCACCGGUGAUCGGCAGCACCAGCUGCGAAGGCGGCGGGAUGGAGGAGGAGGGGUGCUUCUACUAAACUGGAAAACCUUACGUGGCCUGGAAUGAAGCUGAAAUGAAUAACCAGCGGGAAACAUUGCAAAGAAAAAAGAAUGCAAUCUUAGUGGAUGGUAUAAUUUUAAAUGGCCCAGUAGCAGAUUCAAGAGCAGGAGAGAAAUUUGUGGAAGAGGCCAGCAAGAUCGUGAUGGAGGAGGUGAUAAAGAAAGCUGCUGAUUUAACAGAAAAGGUAUGUGAAUGGCAGCCUCCUGAAAAGCUGAAAACACUGCUCGAUUUGGAAUUGAAGGACACUGGAGAGACUCAUCAGAAACUCUUGCAGUUUUGCCAGGAUGUCAUACAUUUCAGCAUCAAAACCAAUCAUCCAAGAUUUUUUAAUCAGUUGUAUGCUGGAAUUGAUUAUUACUCCUUAGCUGCUCGUUUCAUCACGGAAGCGUUAAACCCAAGUGUGUACACCUAUGAAGUGUCCCCUGUGUUUUUGCUAGUGGAAGAAGCUGUUCUAAAGAAAAUGAUUGAAUUUAUUGGAUGGGAGGAAGGUGAUGGUAUAUUUAAUCCAGGUGGCUCUGUUUCUAAUAUGUAUGCGAUGAACUUGGCAAGAUACAAAUACUUCCCUGACAUAAAGGAAAGGGGGCUUUCAGGGAUGCCACGACUAGUUCUGUUUACAUCAGAAGAGUGUCAUUACUCUGUGAAGAAGGCCGCAUCUUUUUUGGGAAUUGGGACACAAAAUGUUUACUUCAUCAAAAGUGAUGAAAGAGGUAAGAUGAUACCUGAGGAACUGGAGAAACAAGUCCAGCGGGCCAGGAAAGAGGGCUCAGCACCAUUUUUUGUCAGUGCUACGUCUGGCACCACAGUUUUGGGAGCAUUUGAUCCUCUGGAUGAAAUAGCCAAUAUCUGUGAAAAAUAUGACCUUUGGCUGCAUGUUGAUGCAUCAUGGGGAGGUUCAGCUUUGCUGUCAAGGAAGCAUCGCAAGCUUCUGCAUGGCAUUCACAGGGCCAAUUCUGUGGCAUGGAAUCCUCAUAAGAUGCUCAUGGCAGGGAUCCAGUGUUGUGCUCUUCUGGUGAAAGACAAUUCUGACUUGCUUAAGAGAUGCUACUCUGCCAAUGCCUCAUACUUAUUCCAGCAAGACAAGUUCUACGAUGUUAGCUAUGACACUGGGGACAAAUCAAUUCAGUGCAGCAGAAGAGCGGAUGCCUUCAAGUUCUGGAUGACAUGGAAGGCACUAGGGACAACUGGCCUGGAAGAGAGAGUAAACCGAGCCCUUGCUUUAGCCAGAUACCUAGUGGAUGAAAUUAAGAAGAGAGAAGGAUUCCAGCUGCUGCUAGAGCCGGAGUAUGCAAAUAUUUGCUUUUGGUACAUUCCACCUAGUUUGCGAAACAUGGAGAAAGGAGAUGAAUUCUGGCAGAAGCUCGAUCGUGUUGCACCCAUCAUUAAAGAGAGAAUGAUGAAAAAAGGCAGCAUGAUGUUGGGGUACCAGCCCCAUCGCGGCAAAGUUAAUUUCUUCCGCCAAGUCAUCAUCAGCCCCCAGGUGAGCCGCGAGGACAUGGAUUUCCUGCUGGAUGAAAUCGACUCACUUGGGCAAGAUUUGUAGUUGAUUUUCCACAAUACUUGGCACUAGGUUAAGAAUGUUUGAUGUGUAGUGGUACUAGACCACAUAAGCCAUACCUAAAUACUCAAAUGUCUGGCACACGUGGGGAAGAGGCAGUACAGUUUUUCUGCCUAGUAAUAAUAACAAGGAAAUGAUGUUUUUUACGAACGUUGGCAAUGUGUUAAAAUGGGUCAGAUUAACUGCUAAUACAAAUUGCUAUAAAUUAGUAGAAAUUAAUGAAGUUAACCCACUGCUGUAGUAGAAGUGAGCUUAGCCCAGUGACUAUUAAAGGAGUACCUUUGUAUAUGUUGUGAAGGUAAAAGUCGGAGGCUCAGAAUAGAUGGAGCUCUGCUGAUACAAGAGUUUUGCUGACUGACGCGCUAAAUGAAGUGUUUAGCACUUCAACCAGUGCUUGUAAAGGAAGCGUUACAUGAUCCAUUGGACUUGCAUCAGCAUCCUUUACCAGGUUUUUCCAGAAACAUCCAUAAUUUUUUGUAGAGAUCAAAAUAUUGCCGGUUAUGCAUCUUUUUUCGAUUGUUUGAAAAACAAUAUAGUUUCCAAAUCACAAUUCUUAUUAAAUCUUUCUUGCUGAAACAUCAGCAAAGUAUUGCUUAAGCAUGUUUUGCUUAAGCAGUUUAGAGGCAAGUUAAAGAAAGUCCACGUAUAUAACAGUGUGCGUGUGUGCACACACAUGUAUGUAUAUUUAUCUUCUAGAGCUGUAUUUUUAUAUGCCGCUUGGCUAUUUAAGGAAGGGUUAUUGUAUUGAUUAAACCAGUGGUUUGCUUCUAAAGAUGUAAAAACUAUCAAUUUUCACUUAAGCGGCGUAUAAGCUUUGGGGAGAUUACAUUAAAAGUAAUAUAUGUGUGUAAUAAUUUGAAAUUUGUUCCUAAUAUUCAAAUCAAGCAACUGCUAUGUGAUAAAUACUUUUGUGAAGCUGCUUAUUUUCUUUUAUUACAGUAUGUUUUAACAAGCUGCUUUGUUAUUCAUUGCCCUGUUCUAUAUGUAGGACUUCUCCUAUAUUUGCUCACAUGAAUUUGGAGGUUGCCCUUGUAGUGUGAUGUAAUAAUUUAUUAGGUAUCUGUAUUUUAUUUGCUACUGUGUAUUCUAUGUGACCUGUGUGGCACCUAACAGAAUUGUCCAUUUUCAGUACUGUAGUGGUACUUUUUUGUAGAAACAAGAUUAAGCCUAACAAUAUUUAAAUUAAAUGUAAUUGAUAACGCCUCUGAAUAAAUCUAAGCUUUUAAUGUA